AUGUCUAUUGGAACAAAAAAUAAAAUUUUAAAUCAUGGAUUAUUAAUCAGCAAACAAGGAUUACGAAUUGCCGAUGAGCCGGCGUACAGUUCUGAAAAACAACCUAUUUAUAGUCCGUGUGAAAAAUCACAAAUAAAACUAGUACUUUCGACAAACUGCAAAGAUUCAUUUCUAUUAAAUCAUUUUAUUGAUCCUUCUGAUAUUGAUUCAGAAUAUUAUGACUGGAUAUCUGAAAUUGAUCUUUUAUCAAAUGAAUCAAAUAAAUCAUCCGUUUUUCUAGGAUUACUGUGUCCAAGAGCAGAAUUAAUUUUCGAAAAUAGAAAAUUAAAACCGUUAGACAAGCUAAAUGAUGCAGUAGAAAAGGCAUUAAAACACUACAAUCCCUAUCAUGAAUUAUUGAAAAUAUUUAAAAUUUUUGGGCAUUUUUUACCAAAAAAGAUCAUUUUGGGACACAGAUUAUAUAGAUCAUGUUAUUUAGCUAUGAAGGAAGAUUCGCCAGAACAAUUUACAAAUUGGGAAGAUUUUGGCACGGAUUAUGAUUUUGCAACGUGUAACGAUGACAUUUUGAAUAAAUGGGAAAAAUGUAUAAAAUUACAUACAUCAAACAAUAAUGAUAAAAUUAUAAAAGACAAAAAUGAUUUUUAUGUAUCCUUUUUAUUAUCAACCAAUAAUGAUAAGGUUAUGAGAAAUGAACUAAAUAAAUGGGUUGACUCUUGUUUAAAAAGUGAAAUCGACUUGUGGCAAGUCAUAAAUUGGAAAGGGUUAUAUCCAUUAUAUAAAAUAUUGGAUGAAAAAUUACAAAAAGAAAUUAAAGUUAUACUUGGUAUUGAUGAUCAGACAAAAAAACUUAAGGAAAGAAUUCUUAUGACAGGAGUAAUUCCAAUUGAAGGUUCUACCUAUUACUAUCGUAUAAAAUUCCCCGUUCAUUUGAAUUCCAAUAAUUAUAAAAUUUUUGGAAAACUUGUCACCCAAAAUGGUGAACCGAUAGAUUCAUUAGCUAUUAGGUUUCAAUCAAUGACUAUAUCUGGAUUUUCAGCAAUAAUUGAAAAUUUUGAUGCAAAUAUAAACACACGAAAUAUCUCUGUAUUGGCUUUAGGUAUUCACUCAUCUAAGUGCAAAGAAAAUUAUAAAUUUUCGUCAAAAGUUCCGAAAGAUUUGCCAGAAAACUCCGUUAUUUGUGCAUCUAUCCUGCAUUCCUCAUAUCAUUAUGGAAUUACAUUUACCAUCCAAGAUGACGAUGACAAUGGCGAUGAAACUAAAUUAAUCAUGAAUGUGGAUAAAAAAGAGAUCGUAGAACAUUCUAACAAUGAAGAAGACAUCUUAGAAGAUUUUAGCAGUGAUGAAGAAAAUGACAAUGACAUAUCAGAAGACAAUGAAUAUUUUCUUCAGUGGUGUUGUUUCCUUAUUGAAGAUUAUAAGGAUAUAGAGACUGACAUUAUAACUACUUCCUCUAAAGCGACAAUAAAAAAUUUAAAUAUUGAGCCUACUUCAUCUAAAGCGGCAAUUAAAAAUUUAAACGCGAUAGGUCAAAUGUACCAAGAUGUUCUUUCUUCACGAAAAGAAAAGGAAU